AAUGAAUCUAUUCGUUUCCAAACUUCCAAUAAAUUGGGGCUGCACGAUUGGUUUUCUCACAGCAUCUAGGGCUUCGUCUGAGGAAAGCUGAAAAAAUGAAGAUUUUUGCCGUACUUCUUCUUCUUGGGAUCUUGGUCGGCGCGUUUGCUGACCCGGUACACCCGGAUGAGGACGCCGCAGAGGGUGUAGACCUGUUAGCCGAAGAAGGAGAUUCGCCCGAUGAGGAUGAGGCGGUUGGCGAGGACCCCAUAAGUGAAGAGGACACUGAGACCGAAGAUGAAGAAGGUGAUACAGAAGAAGACCCCAAGUCUUUUGAGUCUGACGUUGUCGAAGAUUCAGAGCUAGCUGACGAACAAGAGGACCCACGUAAACGACUAAUAUUAUGUUCCGUGCGCCGUUCACAUGUUUGCUACUAUUACCGCAGAUGGUUCCGUCCGAUCACGAAAUGCUCGUGUUCUCGCUGCCCACGUCAUUAUUCUAGAGAGUGUGGAAAAAAGGUCCAAAAGUGCCGUAGAAGACGAUCCUGUUUCUACACGUCACGUUGUUCCUGCAAAGAGAUUAAACGUCGUAGAAGAGAGUGUUCCGUGCACCGUUCACAUAGCUGCACAUAUUACAAAUGGUUCUUUUGGAACAAAGGCUGCUCGUGUUAUCGCUGCCCAGCUGGUUAUUACAGAAAGUGUGGUAAAAAGGUCAGAAGGUGCGAUGGAAGAUUCUGUUACUACCGGUCACCUUGUUCCUGUAAACUUGUACCACGUAAACGAAAUUGCCACCGUUUUCUUUUUCACGCCUGUAGUUAUCUCAAAGAUUGCGUGAAUGGCAAAUGUUCUACUCUCCGAAAAUGUUAUUGCGAUUGUCGCAAAGGCACCGUACACACGUGCUUUCGCCACGGAUUGUGCGCCUGUAGACGACCCAGACGGCGGUGGGGUUGAUCAAUUUACAGUUUCUGGCACCAGAUGCUUGCAUUGAUGUAGCGAUCAGGAGUUUGCUGAACACUUUUUGUAGCUUUAUUUACGCAUCGUUUUACUCUUUAUAUUCGAACAAAGUGAAUGAACAGUAA